AAUGGGACUCCCACCCCCCUCCCCAGCUCGGCAUCCCCGGCGCUAGGAUGCGUCCCCCACGCCGCGCUCGGUGCCAGGCGCUCCCUCUUCCCAGGACCUUGGCUAUCCUCCGGGCUUCGGGCCGCACCCCCUCCCAGCCCUCGCCUGUCGCGUGCAGCCUGAAUCUCCUUCUUCAGGACCUUCCAGCUCAUUGACUACCCUCACCCACGCCGCCCCAGGACCCCGUUCCUCCCCACAGCCCGGAGGGCGCAGGGCCCCGCAAAGGAUGAGUUGGCCAGUUCUCAGUCGCGGCCCGGCGCUUUAAAGGCUGAGGGAGGAGGGAUCUCAAGAAGGAGCGGGAUUCCUUUUGAUAGGGGAGAUAGAGGUUGGGAAGACGCGCUCACUGGCUUCCCAACCCCAGCGCCCCAGUUCCCUGUCCCUCUUACUGUAGUUCCCUUCCCCCUCCACACCCAGAAAUAGCCCGUGACACCGGGAGGCCGCCAGCGUCCUCAGGGGUGGGGGAGGCGCCGCCUGGGGUAGAAGGAGGGUCCCUUUUAGCCGCACCUAAGCUGGCCAUCUCGCGCCGGCCGUGCGAUGAAGCUGACCCCGGGUCGGAGCGGACGGCUUGCUCCCAGGCUGUGGGCUCUUUUCCUUGCAUCUGCCGGCAAAGCGGAGCACCGAGGGAGACAGGGGCCCUGAGGGCGCUGAGGGCGGUGGCUGGUGGCCCCGUCCCCCUCCCGACCACCUCCUUUAGCUUCCUCCAAGAGAGGAGUUUGUGGUUACAGGGGCUCCUGCCCAGUCCAGGGUCAUCAACGCUGGCAAGAGUCGGCACAAUGAGGACCAGGCUUGCUGUGAAGUCGUGUACGUGGAAGGUCGGAGGAGCAUUAUGGGGGUACCUAGGGACCCUAGCCGAGGCCAGGGACUCUGCUUCUACUACUGGGGCCUGUUUGAUGGGCAUGCAGGGGGUGGAGCUGCUGAAAUGGCCUCAAGGCUUCUACAUCGCCAUAUCCGGGAGCAGCUAAAGGACCUGGUAGAGAUACUUCAGGACCCCUCGCCACCACCUCUCUGCCUCCCAUCCACUCCAGGGACCCCAGGUUCCUCCGAUCCCUCUCACUUGGUUAGUCCUCAGUCCUGCUGGUCUUCACAGAAGGAAGUGACCCAUGAGAGCCUGGUAGUGGGGGCCAUUGAGAAUGCCUUCCAGCUCAUGGAUGAACAGAUGGCCCGGGAGCGGCGUGGCCACCAAGUGGAGGGGGGCUGCUGUGCACUGGUUGUGGUCUACCUGCUAGGCAAGGUGUACGUGGCCAAUGCGGGUGACAGCAGGGCCAUCAUUGUCCGGAAUGGUGAAAUCAUUCCAAUGUCCCGGGAGUUUACCCCGGAGACUGAGCGCCAGCGUCUUCAGCUGCUUGGCUUCCUGAAACCAGAGCUGCUGGGUGGUGAAUUCACACACCUUGAGUUCCCCCGCAGAGUUCAGCCCAAGGAGCUGGGGCAGAGGAUGCUGUACCGGGACCAGAACAUGACUGGCUGGGCCUACAAAAAGAUCGAGCUGGAGGAUCUCAGGUUUCCUCUGGUCUGUGGGGAGGGCAAAAAGGCUCGAGUGAUGGCCACCAUUGGGGUGACCCGGGGCUUGGGAGACCACAAUCUUAAGGUCUGCAGUUCCAAUUUGCCCAUCAAGCCCUUCCUCUCCUGCUUCCCUGAGGUACGAGUGUAUGACCUGACACAGUACGAGCACUGUCCGGAUGAUGUGCUAGUUCUGGGAACAGAUGGCCUGUGGGAUGUCACCAGCGAUUGUGAGGUAGCUGCCACUGUGGACAGGGUGCUGUCAGCCUACGAGCCCAAUGACCCGAGCAGGUAUACAGCCCUGGCCCAAGCUCUGGUCCUGGGGGCCCGGGGCACUCCCCGGGACCGUGGUUGGCGUCUCCCCAACAACAAGCUGGGUUCCGGGGAUGACAUCUCAGUCUUCGUCAUCCCCCUGGGAGGGCCAGGCAGUUACUCCUGAGGGGCUCAUCUGCAUUCCUUCCACCACCAUCCCAGCCUCUCCAUACUUAUCCCUCUCCCAGCCCAAAUUCUGAAGUUGUCUCCCUGACUCUUCUUUAGUGGCAAUUUAACUAAAGAAGGGAUGUCCACUAGAUCCAAAAUUUUAGCUAUUGGCAAAUAAAACAGAUGGAUAAA